AUGGGCGACGCAACACCACCGAAGAAGAGUCUGGUGCUCAAUGCCUUUGUCAUGAUGACCAGUGCCCAUCUUUCCCCUGGCCUCUGGCGUCACCCCGAAGACCAAUCGUGGCGCUUCAACGAGGUCAAGCACUGGGUUGAGCUUGCGAAAUUGCUCGAGGAGGCCAAAUUCCACGGUGUUUUUGUGGCAGAUGUACUCGGAGGCUACGAGGUAUACCGCAAAUCCCUAGACGCUGCAAAGGCAUCCCCAGCCCAGUGGCCAGUCAACAAACCUCUCGCCGUGGUCUCGGCUAUGGCCGCCGCCACCAAGACUAUCGGAUUUGGCGUCACUGUGUCGACAACAUAUGAGCAGCCCUACCAUCUCGCGCGGAGACUGACUACCGUUGACCACCUCAGUGGUGGCAGGUACAUCGUGACAAGCUACCUCGACUCGGCGGCGAGGAACCUGGGUCACACCGAACAGCCAAAGCACGACGACCGCUACGCCCAAGCAGAAGAAUACAUCAAAGUGAUGUACAAGCUCUUCGAGUCCUCCUGGCGCGACGACGCCGUCAAGCUCGACCGCGAGACCGGCGUCUUCAUCCAACCCGACCUCGUCCGCGAGAUCAACCACCAGGGCAAAUUCUUCACCGUCCCCGGCCCGCACAUCUCCCAGCCCUCCCCGCAGCGGACGCCGCUCCUCCUGCAGGCGGGGACCUCGCGCGCCGGGAAGCAGUUCGCGGCCCAGCAUGCCGAGGGCAUUUUCGUGUCGGCCCAUUCCCCCGUCGUGGUGGCCAAGAGCAUCGCCGAGAUCCGCCAACUGGCUAUGGCGGAGUACGGCAGGGACGGCAGUCGUAUCAAGGCCCUGGCGCUCGUCACGCCUAUUCUGGGACGCACGACGCAGGAGGCGCAGGCUAAGCUGGCUGAGUAUCGGAAGUAUGCCUCGCAUGAGGGCGCGCUGGCGCUCUGGGGCGGCUGGACUGGUAUCGAUUUGGACCAGUAUGGGGAUGAUGAAGAGUUGAGGGAGGUGGAGAGUAAUGCUGUCCGGUCAAUGGUCGAUGCGUAUGUCAGGUUCUCCCGUGGCACGUCCACGUCCAAGUGGACGAAGCACACCAUUGCAGAGCAUGUCAGUAUCGGCGGCAACGGACCCCUCCUGGUUGGCACGCCCGAGCAGGUGGCCGACUCGCUGGAGGAAUGGGUUAACGAGGCAGAUGUUGACGGGUUCAACUUUGGAUACGCACUCUUCCCUCAGUCUUUCAAGGAUAUCAUCGAGCUGUUGCUCCCCGAGCUGAGGAAACGUGGCCUGUUUUGGGAUGACUAUGCCGUUCCCGGUGGCACUUACAGAGAGAACUUUUACCGUCGCCCUGGACAGACCGGACCCUUGUACGACCAUGUUGCGUCGACUUACCGGUGGAAGGCCGGUGUUCCGGCUAGUGAGGCCGUCAUCCCGGAGUGA